ACACACUUUGCCCACACGGAGGCGCCUAAACGUCGCUUUGAGAAGAAAAGUGAUUGGUGUCACACUCUAAACGAUCCCCGUGUAUUUAUGCUCGUUAUAAAGAGUUCCUGUUCAGUGUCAACAUGUCGGGCAGUCGGAAACCCCGCUCAGUGGCCAACACUUUAGAAACAGCUAUAACUACACCGAGCGAGAGGAUUCUAAAAGAGUGUCACAGUCUGUAUAUCGACGAGGAAAACGGCCUUGUGAAAAUAUCCUCCAGUCUGGGUCUGAUCCUGCUGCCUCCUCGAAAGAAGAUAAUAGUGAUGAUUCUGGGUAAUCACUCAGCCGGGAAAAGCUCCUUUAUUAACUGGUAUGUCGAGGAGCACAUUCAGAAAUCAGGCGUUGCCAUAGAAACGCAAGGGUUCACCUUCAUAACCAGUGGCAGGAAACGAGAAUCGCUAACCGGCAAUGCCACGCUGCAUCUUUACCCGCAUUUCCGACCGCUCCUGGAGUUUAAAGGUCUCAUGGACUACCUGUCUGCUGAAAUCUCCACCUCAAAGCAGAAGAAAUUCAGCCUGGUGACGUUUGUAGACACGCCCGGGCUGGUGGACGGAGACAUGGCGUAUCCCUUCGACGUCAACGGCUCCAUCACGUCUUUCGGCGAGCAGGCGGAUCUGAUCUUCGUGUUUUUUGACCCGAUGGGCCAGGCGCUGUGUAAGCGAACGCUCGACAUCGUGGAGAAGCUGAGCGAAAAAUGCGGAGACAAAUUACGCUUCUAUCUCAGCAAAGCUGACGAAGCAGGACGUGAGACAGACAGACAGAGAGUAAUGAUGCAGAUAGUUCAAGAGCUGUGCCGCAGACCAGGACUCAACAAAUGUGGCUUUGAAAUGCCGACGAUAUACAUCCCUAAUCCACAGAGACCGAGCAGGUGCGUGAAUCAGAUCGACGAGGUGUGCGAGACAAUAGAGAAGAGCAUUAACCAAGCGGUGCAGAAGACCUUGGACCAGCUGGAGAAAGACUGUGACCUCAUCACCUCCACCAUCAGCAACAAGCUGGAGCAGGACAGGAGUAAGGUGAGUUAUAACAAGAGCAGCCGCUUUAACGCUUUCCUCUGCGGGUUUCUGGCCAUCUUCCUUCCUGUCGCCUUCAUCAUCAGCUUUCUCAUCAAUACGUUUCUCCCGGACGAUCUAGGAGCCCUGGUGGGGGAGGGGCUUGCCACGACGCUCUACGCUAUUAUGGGAAUUGUUCUGUAUCUGUGGGAGUGGAUCCCUGAAGACGGACAGGUGGUGGCGGUGAUGGUCUUCGGUGCGACCUGCUACUCUUUCCUUUUCCUCGCCAGGUAUUUUGCACGCCAGGGUACUAAAACUCUCAGCAAGAAAGAGAAGAAGAAUCUAAUGGAGUGCAGUGAAUAUGUUAAAGAUGUCCUCAAAGCCAAAAAGAAGAAACUCUACGAAGAAUACCUGAAGCAGUGCGCGGCCGAGUACGACUUCAACUGAACGCAGGAGGAUUCACCGAACGACAGGAAUUUCCUGGCAGGAAAAUGUAGCAAACACAUCUCAGGUUAAACCUUAAUGUCGGUUUUGUCAGACAUUUUUUGUCACUCCAACUUCCGAAGUGACAAAAAUACUCAGUGCCUUUUUUUGUUUAACGCGAAUGAACGAUCCUGAGAACUAAACACCAGCCUGUAUGUAUUAAUCCCGCAUGCGAGUCAAUACGCUGCACUGAUUCGAUGAAGUCUUAGGAGACAUACUGUAUUGAUGUAUUUAGAGCCAGAUCUCAAGUAAGUACUUAGCUCGACAAGCUAACGUGAACUGUGAACAUCGAUUUGCUUUUUUUUUUUUUAGCCGGGUAAACAAUAGACUGUGACUUUUAUCAAACGAAGCUGUCGUUUUAUUUUUUAAUUGUUUGUUACAUGUGAACGUUUUGCUUUUGUUUGGACUUUUCUAGAUCAUUCUGUGGUCUUGAUCUUAAAGCAAAAUCGUUGGCAUUUUACUUUGCUUGUAGUAGAAUAUUAUAUUAUAGUAGAAAGUUCUAUAAUAGUACUCAAACCCGCACCCUGUUCACUGUAUUCAUUUAAUUCCAUUGACUUGGUAUCUAAAGGUAUGAGAUGAUGAAUCUUCCAUAUCAGAUUAUACAAUGAUGAUCCUGUAAAUAUAGAGCAGUGAUCGAAGAAAAUGCAGUGUUUUGCUCAUGAGUCAGUGUGAGCCAGACUUAUUCAGAAAGUCUUGUUUAUUAAUUAACAUCCUUCAUUUGCGCUUAAUAAUUGCGUAUGUGUGUAUCGCUGACCAGUGAUAGUGAGUGAAAAUGUUUGACACUCGAAUGCUUUUGGUCCCAGUGGCACCAAAACCACCAGCAGAUCUCUACUAGCGAGCAAAGAAUUAUUUUUUCAACGAUGAAACAAAUUUUGUCUACGAGAACAAACACACAGAGUCGUCACACUGAUACAGAUGCACACCUGACGUCCUGUUAGUAAGGUAGCAGACAUGUUUGUGCUGUUUGAUAUCUUAUCACAGAAACGCAUGAACUCAGUAUGUUUCUAGGCCACACCUCCUCCAAGGCUAUAGCACAGAGCCACGCCUCCUCCAGGGCUAUAGAACAAAGACACGCCUCUUCUAAGGAUAUAGCACAAAAGCCAUGCCUCCACUCGGGCUAUAGCACAAAGCUACGCCUCCUCCAAAGCUAUAAGUGACGUGACAUACGGCUAAGUACGGUGACCCAUACUCAGAAUUCGUUCUCUGCAUUUAACCCAUCCAAAGUGCACACACACAGCAGUGAACACACACGCACUGUGAACACACACCCGGAGCAGUGGGCAGCCAUUUAUUCUGCGGCGCCCGGGGAGCAGUUGGAGGGGGGUUCGGUGCCUUGCUCAAGGUCACCUCAGUCAUGGUAUUGCCGGCCCGAGACUCGAACCCACAACCUUAGGGUUAGGAGUCAAACUCUCUAACCAUUAGGCCACGACUUCCCCAAACAAAGAACAAAGCCUCACCUCCUUCAGGGCUAUCACAGAAAGACAUGCCUCCUCCAAGGCUAUAGAAUAGAUCCACACCCCCUACAGGGCUAUAGCACAGAACAAUGCCUCUUCCAAGGCUAUAGCACAAACCCACGCUUCCUCCAAGACUAUAGCACAAACCCACGCUUCCUCCAAGGCUAUAGCACAAACCCACGCUUCCUCCAAGACUAUAGCACAAACCCACGCUUCCUCCAAGACUAUAGCACAAACCCACGCCUCCUCCAAGGCUAUAGCACAAACCCACGCUUCCUCCAAGACUAUAGCACAAACCCACGCUUCCUCCAAGACUAUAGCACAAACCCACGCUUCCUCCAAGACUAUAGCACAAACCCACGCUUCCUCCAAGACUAUAGCACAAACCCACGCUUCCUCCAAGGCUAUAGCACAAACCCACGCUUCCUCCAAGACUAUAGCACAAACCCACGCUUCCUCCAAGACUAUAGAAUAGAUCCACACCCCCUACAGGGAUAUAGCACAGAAUCACACCUCCUCCAAGGCUAUAGCACAAAGCCAAAAGGUUUUUUUUCUACCACCCUGCCAGAGACAAACAAGUAGAAGUAAAUGAUUCUUAAAAGAGCCUAAAAAUUUUUAUUGUUUUAAGGAACCUUUUCCACCACGAAGAACCAUUUGUGCAUUGGAAACUUUCCAUUUAAGAGCCUAGUAUCAACAAAGAUCAUAGAUCGUUAGACAUCUGUGCAGAAGCAAGAAGUGAGCUGGGGCUGAUUUCCUCCUAUCCCACACUGUAGAUUUCUGUAGUCUAUGUAGCACUGACGGCUGUAUCGGCUGAUUACACGGAGAAGAACAUCCCUAGAUUUAGGCUAGCUUCAUGCAGCCUGGCAUCUCAGCAAACAUCUCACGUCUUCUCUUCAGUGGGUUGAAUCAGGAGCUCAAAUCCGUUUGGACAUUCAGGUGUCUAAAGGCAAAAAAAUUAUGCAAUGCAACUGGACUAAACCAGCAGAACUUGGAAAUAUUAAAUAAAAUAUUUAUAAAUAUUAAUACUACUCAUGUUUUUCAUUAUUUAUUGUUUCAUUCAAUAUGAAAAAAAAGCUACAAGAUUGUUUACUAUAUAAAGUUUAUUAUAGCGAUGGUUUAUUAGGUACACAAAUAAAAUAACACCAUUACUAAAUAAACUGUCAAACAAAGUGUUUAUUGUGCGCUAGUUUUUUUUAGGUAUCCUAUCAGUUUUCCUGAGAAGCUGCGACUUUGUGAAAACGUUUUCUAAACUGAUUAUUAUCCUAAAACGGUGCUGUCUGAUUUAUUACACGUCUCCUAAAGGCAAUACGUUCUUACGCCUUUGUAAGUUGUUAAAAACCUCAUAUAUGGUGAAAAGUGUCUUCCAUAGUGAACUUACAGAACAAAGUUGUGCUCCAUUAUUGUGACCUUUCUGCCUUUUGUAUUGUAACUGCUGAUGAAUUCAAUUUCAAAUAAAUUACCCUGCAUGUGGUGUCGAA